GAAAACUUAGGAUGUCCUCUCUUAUCUCUCUAUAAAUGAACCCACUCUUAACAAAUUCUUCAAUCCGUCUUUUAGGUUUUCCACAUAUUAAUUUUCUCCCAAUCUCUCUCUCUCAAAAAAACACAGCAAACAAUGGAGAAUGAAACGAGUGACCGCAAACAGAGACAACUAAUCUCGUCUUUCAUCAAUAUAACCGCAGGUCAGCCUGAGGAAAUCGCAAUCCACUUCCUUGAGGCAACAAGGUGGAAACUGGAUGAUGCCAUUAACCUCUUUCUCAUCUCUUAUUAUCAAUCUCCGUGUUGUCACGAUGCUCUCAUGUGUCCAACUUCGGUCGCAGUAUGUCCUGAAGAUGUCUGGGACGACUCGACACCAGAAGAACCGUCAGAUUCUAGGUUAUCUUCCUUGUACCGUCCUCCUCUGGAUCUGCUUUUCAACGGUUCCUUUGAAGAAGCGAAAGCAACUUCCUCUAGAGAGGAUCUAUGGCUGCUUGUCAACCUCCAAUCAACGAUAGAGUUUGCUUCCCACACUCUUAACCGAGAUGUAUGGUCAAACGACGCCGUGUCUCAAGCGAUCAGGUCCGGCUUCGUCUUGUGGCAGGUCUACGAUGAUACCGAGGAAGGGCAUAAAAUAUCAACUUUUUACAAGAUCGACUCUUCUCCUCCCGUGAUUCUCCUCAUCGAUCCCAUCACUGGCCAGAAGAUGCGUACAUGGAGCGGUAUGAUUGAAGCUCAUGAUUUUCUCGAGGAUUUGAUGAAGUACAGGGAUGUUGGUCCUCACGAACAUGUUGCAUCUCUGACAAGCAACAAACGUAUCAAAACAGAGAAGAUUUGGUUUGUAAGCAGCCAGGCUUACGACGACCAUCAUGACAUGUCUACGUUUUGGGACGACGAUCGCGUUGUGACGACUCCUCCUUCUUGGGGUAUAGAAUUUGAAGAGACUUGUCUGUCAAGCGAUGACAUGUUUGAGUUCCCGGUUCUGACAGAAGAGCCAAAAGGAGACUGUGAUCGAAGCCUUUUAUGCAGUUUGUGCAUUCGAUUUCCAGAUGGGAGAAGAAUGCAGAGGAA